UGCCUAUAUAUACUACAGUCUCUGAAAGGGACUCCUAGAACUCUCAAAUCCCAAAAGCAAAAACCCAGAGAGAAAAACCUCUGUAAAAGUCUCCUCCACCAUUGACGAUGAAGUUCCAAAUAGAGGACGUGACAGUGUACUUUCCUUACGACCACAUAUACCCAGAGCAGUACGCUUACAUGCUCGAACUCAAACGAUCCCUGGACGCCAAGGGCCACUCCCUCCUCGAGAUGCCCACCGGCACCGGCAAGACCAUCGCCCUCCUCUCUCUCAUCACCAGCUACUCUCUCUCCAAACCCCAAUCCCCUCUCAAACUCAUCUACUGCACCCGCACCGUCCACGAGAUGGAGAAGACCCUCGCCGAGCUCAAGCUCCUCCAUGACUACCAGCUCAAGCAGCUCGGCCCCGGCGCCGGGAUCCUCGCUCUCGGCCUCUCCUCCCGCAAGAAUCUCUGCGUCAACCCCCGCGUCGUCACCGCCGAGAAUCGCGACUCCGUCGACGCCGCUUGCCGGAAGCUCACCGCCAGUUGGGUCCGCGCCUUGGCCGCUGAGGAUCCCGAUAUUCCGACGUGCGAGUUCUUUGAGAGUUAUGAGAAGGCCGGCUCAGCCGCCGUCUUGCCCCCCGGGGUAUAUACUUUGCAGGAUUUGAGGGCGUUUGGGAAACAGAAAGGCUGGUGUCCCUACUUCUUGGCGCGGCAUAUGGUGCAAUUUGCGAAUGUGGUUGUUUAUAGUUAUCAGUAUCUGCUUGAUCCGAAAGUGGCUGGGAUUAUCUCCAAGGAAAUGCAGAAGGAAUCCGUCGUGGUGUUUGAUGAGGCUCACAACAUAGACAAUGUGUGCAUUGAAGCGCUUAGUGUUAGCGUGAGGAGGCAGACACUUGAAGGCGCCAGAAGGAAUCUGAAUAGGAUGCGUCAGGAGAUUGACAGGUUCAAGGCCACUGAUGCUGGGAGGCUGCGUGCAGAGUACAACCGUCUCGUUGAUGGUUUGGCUCAAAGAGGAAAUCUUCCCAUCUCAAAUACUUGGCUUGCAAACCCUGCCUUGCCUGAUGAUAUUCUAAAGGAGGCUGUGCCUGGAAAUAUUCGCAGAGCAGAGCAUUUCCUGCAUGUUUUGCGUAGACUGGUUCAGUAUCUGGAAGGGCGUUUGGAGACCGAGAAUGUUGAGAAAGAGGGCCCUGUUAACUUUGUUGCCUCUAUCAAUACACAUGCUGGAAUUGACCAAAAAACACUAAAGUUUUGUUAUGAUCGUCUGCACUCACUGAUGUUGACACUAGAAAUUACUGAUACGGAUGAGUUCUUACACGUCCAAACAAUAUGCGACUUUGCAACACUUGUGGGGACGUAUGCACGUGGUUUUUCUAUUAUAAUUGAACCUUUUGAUGAGAGAAUGCCCCAUGUUCCUGACCCUGUUUUGCAGCUUAGCUGCCACGACGCUUCUCUUGCAAUAAAGCCUGUAUUUGAGCGAUUUCAAUCUGUAGUGAUCACAUCUGGAACCCUUAGCCCUAUUGAUCUCUACCCCCGUCUUCUCAACUUUAAUCCAGUUGUCAGUAGAAGUUUUACAAUGUCCUUGACAAGAGAUUGCAUAUGCCCAAUGGUUCUUACCCGAGGAAGUGAUCAGCUUCCAGUUAGUACCAAAUUUGAUAUGAGAAGUGACCUGGGUGUUGUGAGGAACUAUGGGAGGCUCUUGCUGGAGAUGGUAUCUGUUGUUCCAGAUGGGAUUGUAUGCUUUUUUGUUAGUUACUCUUAUAUGGAUGGAAUAGUCAAUAGUUGGAAUGAAACUGGCAUUUUAAAGGAAAUAAUGCAACAUAAGCUUGUCUUCAUUGAGACACAAGACGUGGUAGAAACUACAUUGGCUCUUGAUAACUAUCGCAAGGCUUGUGACUGUGGGAGAGGUGCUGUCUUCUUUUCUGUUGCGAGGGGAAAGGUAGCCGAGGGAAUAGACUUUGAUCGACACUAUGGACGACUGGUGAUUAUGUUUGGUGUUCCUUUCCAAUAUACACUAAGCAAGAUUUUGCUUGCACGGUUGGAAUAUUUAAGGGAUACUUUUCAAAUAAAGGAAGGGGAUUUUUUGACUUUUGAUGCUUUGAGGCAAGCUGCUCAAUGCGUGGGACGAGUUAUCCGGUCAAAGGCUGAUUAUGGUAUGAUGAUUUUUGCUGACAAAAGGUAUAGCCGUCAUGAUAAGCGCUCUAAAUUGCCUGGAUGGAUACUCUCGCACUUACGUGAUGCUCACCUGAACUUGAGCACGGACAUGGCUCUUCAUAUAGCACGAGAGUUCCUCAGAAAAAUGGCUCAGCCAUAUGAUAAGGCUGGUGGCAGCGGUAGGAAAACCCUGCUGUCGCAAGAAGACUUGGAAAAGAUGGGUGAGCGGAUUGUCGACGAGAUGUUAUAUUAAGGAUCCUAUCCCCGGGAGCA